UUACGUUGAAGGUCACACUUAAAAUGCUUAUAUAUAGAAGACAGGGUAUUUGAGAUCUCUCAUAACGCUGGUUGAUUCUUAUCAACAACUUCAAAACAGAAUAUAGGUGAGAAGGUGAGAAGAGUUAGGAGAAGAAGUUGCUUAAAUUUACGGUUUCGCUACCGUCCAAGUGCAACGACAACAACAAUUAUCACCACCACUUACGUUAACAUCAACAAUGGGCAAAGGAGGAGGUGAUCCUAACAAGAUUCAUGACGAUGGUGUUGAAAUCCCAGAAACUGCUCAUCAAAUUAGCACUGAUUCAUGGUUUCAAGUGGCAUUUGUUCUCACUACUGGAGUCAACAGUGCCUAUGUGCUUGGAUACUCAGGGACCAUUAUGGUUCCACUGGGAUGGGUAGGAGGUGUAGUUGGUCUUGUUCUUGCUGCGGCGAUUUCACUCUAUGCUAAUGCUCUCAUUGCUAUGCUCCAUGAAUAUGGAGGGACAAGACACAUUAGAUACAGAGAUCUUGCUGGAUAUAUAUACGGCAAAAAGGCAUAUUCUAUCACUUGGACUCUGCAGUAUAUCAAUCUUUUCAUGAUAAAUACUGGUUACAUCAUUUUAGCUGGUUCAGCCUUGAAGGCUGCUUAUACCGUGUUUCGAGAUGAUGGUGUACUGAAGCUUCCGUAUUGUAUUGCUAUAGCUGGAAUUGUGUGUGCAAUGUUUGCCAUUUGCAUUCCUCAUCUUUCAGCUCUUGGAGUUUGGUUGGGAGUUUCAACAGUCUUCACCUUUGUUUACAUUGUCAUAGCAUUGGUGCUAUCAAUUAAAGAUGGAAUGAAUUCACCUGCUCGAGAUUACGCUGUUCCAGAACAUGGUGUAACUAAAAUAUUCACAACAAUUGGGGCGUCUGCUAGUCUAGUGUUCGCAUACAAUACCGGCAUGCUUCCUGAGAUACAGGCCACAAUUAAGCAACCAGUUGUCAAGAACAUGAUGAAAUCCCUGUGGUUUCAGUUUACCAUUGGACUUGUACCAAUGUACAUGGUUACCUUUGCAGGAUACUGGGCUUAUGGAAAUAAGACAGAAACCUAUUUGCUGAAUAGUGUGAACGGUCCAGCUUGGGUGAAAGCUUUGGCCAAUAUUACAGCCUUCCUUCAAUCAGUCAUUGCAUUACAUAUAUUUGCAAGUCCGAUGUAUGAGUAUUUGGAUACUAGAUUCGGGAUCAGUGGAGAAGCAAUGAAAGCUAAGAACUUGUCAUUUAGAGUCGGAGUAAGAGGUGGUUACCUGGCCUUCAACACAUUCAUAGCUGCUCUUCUGCCAUUCCUUGGAGAUUUCGAGAGCCUCACAGGAGCGAUCAGCACGUUUCCGCUUACAUUUAUUCUUGCAAACCAUAUGUACUAUAAGGCGAAGAAGAACAAACUAUCAAUUUCACAGAAGGGCGGCCUCUGGGCCAACAUUGUUUUCUUUAGCCUCAUGUCUAUUGCUGCAACUGUUGCGGCAAUACGGCUCAUUGCAGUAGACUCCAAAACAUACAGUCUAUUUGCAGAUAUUUGAUCAAACUCUUAACUCUUUCAGCAGUUUACUUUAUUAAACUUUUAUAUUCUUUCAGCAAUUAUAAAUGCUUUCAUUGUUGGCUAGAAUUUGCUUGCGGAAUAUUGUAUUAUUGUAUUCUGUUGAAAAGACAACUCUUAGUCAAUAAUAUUAAAGACAGUUCUAACUUCAAAUA